AUGGAAGUUGUAAGAGCUCCGAUUCCGAGCGGCGCACCUGCCGGUCCUCGAAAAUCACUGGAAGAUGCAAUUGAGGACUUCCAGGCCAUAUUGACAGAUGAUCAGCGGCGAAAACUCGGUAGUAUCGGUGCCAUCCAAGAUCCAGACACUGUCAUGAUAUUUACCGCUCAGCUGGAUCGUGAUAACCAGUUGAAGAAAGGUCGCGGCAUUGCCUCCCGGCUCUCUUCCGUUCUUCAAUCUGUCCAGACGUUCUCCACUGUGGUUGACACCUUCGUUGCGUCCCAUCCGGAAAUUGCCGCCUUAGUCUGGGGAAGCAUCAAGCUUGCCAUGCUUAUAGCGGUGAACUACACGUCGUACUUUGAGGCACUCUCUGUUUUGUUUAUGGAAUUGAGCAAACAAUGCCCGCGCUUUGCUGAAUACCAAGCCCUCUACACGACGUCCACGCGACUCCAGAAGGCACUUUGCGAUUUCCACGCCUCAAUCAUUCGCUGCUGCAAGCAUGUGGUGGAAGCCGUUCAAAGACCUUGGCAGAAACAGCUGAGGAUCGCCUUCUUCCAGUCCUUCGAGCAAGAGUUCGAACCAGACGCGAAUGACAUCCAGAGACUGGGAAAGGAGGUGGAGGACGAGAUAAAACUGGCAAAAGCACAGACCGAUCGCCAGGACCAGAUGCUUCAGGAGAAAGAAAGAGUGGAUGCGUUAAAGCAGAGAUCGAGGCUAAGGAAAUUCAUUCCGAAGGUCGAGAGACAAUUGGACUCAAUAAAGGAGUUGCAGAUACAACGAUCCACACGCCGAUCUAUGAAAGAGAGACAGCGACUUCUCAAGUCUCUCUCCUCACAUGAUUACGUGACUCCGUUCCAGGAAGCUCGAAAAAAGCACCAAUAUAGUACAGCGGAAUGGAUAUUUACUACUCCCGAAUUUACUCGAUGGUAUGACGGAACGGGACCGGUCCUGCUCUGGUGUUCUGGGAAGAUCGGGUCAGGAAAGACGAUUUUAUGCGCCAAUGUCAUCAACCAUGUCCUCAUAAAAAAGAGCCGCGAUGACCGCGCCGCGUUCUUCUUUUUGCAGUAUGAUAACUCGGACUCCCUGACGGCGGAAACGAUAAUUCGAUCGAUCAUCCGACAAUCCAUGGACGCCAUCACGGUGCCGGAGCACGUCGAAUAUCAAUUGCAGGAACUAGACCGGAAGCAUUUUGUUCAGCUUCAAGACUGGGCAUUCCUUCUCCGGCAAAGAAUCGAGCAUUCAGGCAUAUUUUUCGUCUUCAUUGACGGCCUUGACGAAUGUAGUACCGCUGAGCGACGGGCCCUCCUUGACGUGUUAUCAUCGCUUGCUACUACUACCUUAGGCUUGAGGAUAUUCAUUGCAAGUCGUGAUAGCGUCUAUGUAGACCUGAAGGGCAGGUUCUCGCACAUGGAGCACGUGUCAAUGGCACCUGUUAAUCUCUCUUCGGACAUCCGUAUCUAUGUUGAGGCGACUGUCCAAGAGCGGAUGCGAGAUGAAGACCUAGUGUGCGAAGAUCCCCAUCUCCUGAACGAAAUCAGAGAUACCCUAACUCGUCACGCUGACGGGAUGUUUCUCUGGGUUACAUUUCUAAUAAACGAGGUAUGCAUCGCAAGCUGCGACCACGACAUCAGACAGUCUCUACGCAGUCUUCCUAAAGAUUUAGAAGAGACUUUUUCCCGGGCACUGUCACGUAUCCUAUCUCGGCAAAAGAAGCCCGAAUUGGUCCAGAAAGUAUUUCGGUGGGUGGCGGUAGCAAAACGGCCCCUGACACUCGAUGAGAUUCGUGAAGCCAUCUCCAUCUCCGUUGGACAGCCGUACUUGAACACUGAGCGGCGAGUUCGCGAAAUGAGCCCUAUCAUCUUGUGGUGCGAAAAUCUCCUUCAGGUUACCGAAGAGAAGCCUCAAUCGCUUCAGUUCGCUCACAGCUCCAUCCGUGACUUUAUAACCAGGGGAGACUUGCCGAUUCAGCUUUCCGAUUUUCACGUUGACUUGGAGGCGGCAGAUCAUUUCGCUGGUGAGAUAUGUGUUACAUACCUUCACCUCAAUAACUUCAAGACGACUUUGGCCCGACGAUCACAGUCACUCCGAGUAAACCCUGUGGCUAUGGCUGGUACUGCUCUUGGCCGAGGGACAAAGGCCACUGAGCUAACGACGCGCUUUGCAGAUAUUCUUGGGUAUCCAAAGGGCAAAGGAAAUCCGGAUCUUGCUGGAACCCUUGUCGGUUACGACAGAGCUGAUGGUUUGGAAAAACUUCAACAGAACUAUCCAUUCCUCAAGUACGCUUCGAAGCAUUGGGUUUCCCACACUGCCAACUUUCAAAAGGCAAGGUCCAGUUCUUGGAACUUGUGGUAUCACAUUAUCACGAAUGGUCACGUUCUAGCGCACGUACCCUGGCAAGAAUCAAUACUUCACCGAAACGAAGAAACAAUUCUCAUCUGGAGUCACCAAAGGCAUCAUUAUGCUAUCUUGCGCUAUGCUAAUAGUUUUCCGGGAUUACCUGAGCUUAAGAGGAUUGAGCUAAUGAGGACGUCAGCAUCUGAAGGUGAUGACGAAGCCAUUGCAAUUUUCCUAGAUGCUGAGUGUACAAUGCUCUGCAUCGACAAGACGCUCCACGCGGCCUCAGGAAGUGGCCAUAUCCAGGUUGUUGAGCGACUUCUCGAGGCUGGAGCCCAUGUCAAUACUGCUACUGCUACUGCUGGAGGACGAACAGCGCUUCAGGCGGCAUCAGAAGGUGGCCAUAUCCAGGUUGUUGAGCGACUUCUCUACGCAGGAGCUGAUGUUAAAGCUGCCCCUGCUGCUUUUACUGAAGGACGAACAGCGCUUCAGGCGGCAUCAGCAGGUGGCCAUAUCCAGGUUGUUGAGCGACUUCUCCACGCUGGAGCUAAAGUCAAUGCUGCUGCUGCUGAUAACGGUGGACGAACAGCGCUUCAGGUGGCAUCAGAAGGUGGCCAUAUCCAGGUUGUCGAGCGACUUCUUGACGCCGGAGCCGAUUUUAAUGCUGCUGCUAAUAAACAUAGAGGACGAACAGCGCUUCAGGCGGCAUCAGCAGGCGGCCAUAUUCAGGUUAUCGAGCGACUUCUCCACGCUGGAGUUGAUGUCAAUGCUGCUACUACUACUGCUGGAGGACGAACAGCGCUUGAGGCGGCGUCAGAAGGUGGCCAUAUCCAGGUUGUUGAGCGACUUCUCGACGUCGGAGCUGAUGUCAAUGCUGCUACUACUACUGCUGGAGGACGAACAGCGCUUGAGGCGGCAUCAGCAGGUGGCCAUAUCCAGGUUAUCGAGCGACUACUCGAGGCUGGAGCUAAAGCCAAUGCUGCUGCUACUUAUGGGGGACGAACAGCGCUCCAGGCGGCAUCAGAAGGUGGCCAUAUCCAGGUUGCGAAGCGACUUCUUAAAGCCGGAGCGAAGUAA